UAUGCGUACCUUCUUCGCUAGUCACAAUAUGCCGUCCAUCAUUUUAACGACGAAUCGCAAGUCAAUCUAACGAUCUUUCUUUCACAUCACCCAAACAGCUUCAGCCAAGUCAUAUUGUCCUGUACCCAGUCUUGCAGACCGCCCUCAGUCAUAAUGAAAUUCGUUUCUCUCCUCACGGCCGCCGGCAUGAUUGCCGCAGCACCAACCACUCCCGUAUCCUAUGUUGUCUCGGAGGAUUUCAACCUCGCGGCCAGAGUCGGUGCCGCUGCUGAAACGAGCUUCCUUUUUGCUGCCUCCACCAACGGCACCGAAGACCAGCUAGUCUUGUACCGUCCUACCAAGGACUUCCUGGCUGUUGCAUACACUAAUUCGACCUCUGAGGGCACUGCCCUGAAUGUCCGUUAUGGUGGCGAGCAAUGGGGCCUCUCCAUCUCGAACUUUGGCCAAGGUAGCAACCGCAAGACGAUCGUCACCGCAUCGAAAGACUACCAGGAAUUCAAGUGGUUUGUCUCGGACAACGGCCAGAUUACCCACAAGCUCAUUCAAGGCUCGGAGCAUUUCCUCGUGUGCUCGGACUUCGUCAACUACCUGUCCACAGUUGUCUUGUCUGAUGGAACCCCGGCUCUCAACGGUAGUGACCCAUACGGCUGCUCUUCUGUCCGCGUUUACAAACAAGCACUUCUAUAGUCAUGUGAGCACAUAUAUGACCAUGCUUGAAUUCGAUUCUUAGUCGAAGCGUGUUAGUGUAGCUUAAUGAAAGGAGUGUCCAAUGAGCAAGCCCCUGCCCCUUCGGGUUCUUCGAGAUUCGUGGCCCAAACAUACUUAUGAUGAUCCAAACCAUUUCUUGAGCGGUAAUUUCGACAAGAAUUUUGCAUUAUCUAAAACUUAACUUGUCGACAACACAUUCCGCUCUCCAACCGGUCGACGAGGGACGUGAAAGGUAAUUAGGAAUUGUCCAUGUCGUAGGCAUGGGGGAUGAUGAACCACAAGGCUACUGAACUAUCCAAGGGACUUGGUCAGCUUCAUGCGGUAAGGUAUCAGCUGAAGUUGAGUGAGGAGAAUUGGCUAGAGAUGCGAACUUGAUGCGUCCUCCGUUGCUUGAAAUCAGCCACGAGUAUGGUUGUAUCCAUGGUGCAUAUACGGUGUAGUAUCGUAUCCUGAUU